AUGGCGAUAAACAACCAAUAUGUUCCAAUGACAUUAAUGGGCGAUGAAGCGGGAGAUAUAACGCGUGGAGUCAUUUUCAUUUGGAACUUUUUGAAACAAUUUCAAACGGAAAUUGGAACAGAUGAUGCGUCAUUUAAGGCUGUCGUCGUGUCGAUCUAUUUAGAAAACGACACGCGCGACGACUGGGCGUGUCUAAAAAUCUAUAAAUUCAUUCUUCCUUUCCUAUUCAAACAUAACAACUUGGAGUAUCUUGUUAGAAUGAGAAUUGAAAUCACCCCCUAUACGAUCCCUAUGCUUAUUACUCUCGUGAUGUCGCGAUUUUCAGACCAAAUUUCACACGAAGUGAUUAAUUACAUGAAACGAUUUGGAUCCAUUUACAGAGUCCCAACUCGUGCUAAAGUCUCUGUAUUAGGGAAGAUGAUUCAACUCUUUUUCAAAACUAAGGAAGGGGCUGCAGGGUCGGCAGACAAAGUUGGCAAUUUGACACUUGGCACCGACGGUCAGCGAACGUUUUACUUGUUGAAUGGAUAUCUGAUAGUGGAGACUACAUCGUUGUCAUGGAUGUUAGUCAACACUACCCUCAAAUUGCAUAACUUAAUCAAUUACUAUAAAUCGAUGAAUUCAUAUAGAGAAAAAGAGUUGGGAGGGGUGUUAGAUUCUGUGCUUUCCCAAAUCAAAGUCGAUCAGUUAGUUACACAAGAGUUUGGUUUAACUACUGUGAUGCUCGACAAGAACUCGUGUUUAACAAGUGAUUACCGUGUGUUCAGUCUUAUUCCUGGUACUGAAGAGGUCGAAAAGCAACGAAAUUUCUUAGAAGACACUAUCAAACGAAUUCAAGACCUUUUAGUGAUGUGGGAGAAGGAUAUGGAAAAGAAGGUGAAACGUGUGAAGUGUAGUGAUGUACUCAAAAAUGUCAAAAUGUGUGUUGAAGAGGUCAAGUCGGUUGAUUUCAAAACGGCCAAUUUCAUUAAUAAGCUUCACUCGUAUUUACUUAAAAUAGGUACACGCGUGCCAAUAUGUUACCAAGACCAAAUGUAUUACAAAAAGAUGUAUGGAGACUUGAAGGUAUUUAGUGUGUCGAACGAGGGGAGUGUCCGGAUCUUAUUCUUAUUUUUGAAGAGAAUGAUCGAUUUGUCGCAUGCGAAGUAUAGACUUGAUAUUAGUUCAUACGACGAUAUCAGCUUUUCCAACGAAAGUUCGAGUAUGUCGGAGUCAUUGAAUGAAGAGGAAGAAUUACUCAAAGAAGAUGAAUCUUUGAGUAAUGUGAUGAGUGACGACGACGAUGAAAGUCAGAAGUAUUAUACGAUGAAUAAAACAGAGAAAUUACAGAAAGCAGAGAACAUGCCAAAGCAGAUAGAAUCUAAGAAGAAGAAAGAAAUGCCACAACACAUAAAUACUGUCGAAAAGCCAAAAGCAACAAAAAAAGUUGAAAGUGAAAGUCCAUCGAGUACUGAAGAAAGUAAAGAAAGUGAAGAAUCGUCUGAUGAGGUGGUUGAGGUGACCGCACCUUUAACAAGUACUUCAAAGAAAAUGAAAGAAGACCAUCCUGUCGUUGUUAUUGAAGAGAAUAGUGAUUCCAAUGAUUUUGAAGAAGAAGAACACGAGAGAAGUGAGACAAAGAGUAAAGAGUCUCAUACAACACAAGAUAGUGGGAGUGAUGAUGUAACAAAGAAUCCAAAAGGUGUGAAGAUGGAAGAAGAGAACAAAGCUGAAGUAAUUCAAAUGGAAGAAGACAGUGAAGAAAGUAAAGAAGAAGAGAACAACAAAGCAAGUGAAAAUGAUGAAGACUUGUCUCAAGAAGACGAUAAAGACAGCGGAAUUGAAGUUUCAAAUGGAGAGGACGACGAGUCUGAAGAGAUUGAUUGCGACAAACCACUUGUGAAUCGCCUGAGAGACCGCAAGAAGAUCUCUCCCAAUCCAAUGACUGUGGAAUUGAUCGAUUCACAAGAGACCGAUAAAGGGUCUUCCCUGAAAGAGUUAGUACAACGUGAGUUAGAAAAGGAUCUUAAUGAAGAUUCUGAGAGUGAUGAUGUUGAAGAGGUUACUAACAACAACAAAAAGAUGGAAACAGAGAAGUCUUCACCACGAGAGUCUUCUUCAGACGAUGAUUGA